AUGCAAGACUCCCCACCCCUUCAGCCAUUCAGAAAACCACAUCCGUCCCACAUUUUAUGUCAUCCUCACAGGAACACACACUUCCCCUCAUUGCCCUCUCAUCCAUCCAUCCAUCUGAAACAAAAUAUCCUCAAACCCUCUGAAGCAUUUUGUCAACCCUCUCCUCUGCUGUGGCCAAAGUUCACCAGCAGAAACUCACCCCCAGACACAUCCUCACCGACACUGCCACUGCAAUUACUGCACUGGCUGGCACUGGUCACUUGUGCCUGCUUGCUGCCUGCUCUUUUCAGUCAAAUUCCAGGAGCUGUAGCUGGCGAGACGUGGGGUGUAGUCUCAGCGUGUCCCUUCCAUUGUGUCUGCAGGAAUCUCUCAGAAUCUCUAAGCACACUUUGUGCCGACAAAGGUCUUCUUUUUGUCCCGGCAAACAUUGACCGCCGAACUGUUGAGCUUCGUCUUGCUGAUAACUUCAUUCGAGAAGUGGGAGGAGCUGACUUUGCCAACAUGACGGGACUGGUGGAUUUGACACUAUCCCGGAAUACCAUCAGUCACAUCCGGCCACUGGCA